UCCUUCUGCGCCAUGACGCACUCGGCGUGGUAGGACGAACGUGUGCGCCCUCGGCUUCUGCCUCUCUUUCUGGUCUCCAUCUUCGCCGCGGCGGAAGCAGGACUAGCGUGUCCGAGUCGCCACCAUGCAGUUGUUCGUCCGCGCGCAGGCUCUGCACACCCUCGAGGUGACCGGGCAGGAGACCGUCGCCCAGAUUAAGGCCCACGUGGCGUCCCUGGAGGGUAUCGCUCCCGAGGAUCAGGUCCUGCUGCUGGGCGGCUCCCCCCUGGAGGAUGAAGCCAUCCUGGGACAGUGCGGGGUGGAGCCCCUGUCCACCCUGGAAGUGGCCGGCCGGAUGCUGGGAGGUAAAGUUCACGGCUCUUUGGCCAGAGCUGGAAAAGUGAGGGGUCAGACUCCCAAGGUGGCCAAGCAGGAGAAGAAGAAGAAGAAGACUGGGCGUGCUAAGAGGAGGAUGCAGUACAACCGACGCUUUGUCAACGUAGUGCCCACUUUUGGCAAGAAGAAGGGUCCCAAUGCCAACUCCUAACCCAGUGGUAGUUUCUGUCUGUCCCCAAUAAAGCCGCUACGACUAUA